UCUGCCCGUCCGCAGCCUGCAUCGAACUGAGAUAUACGCCGAGUCGCUACCGCAAAUUGGGAGUACUUAGUUCCCAGCAAGGGGGGUCUUCACUCGUUAUCAAGAAACCAAGGAUCUUUCAUUUUGGCCUGAAAUCGCCUGAAAUCCGACCAUUUCACCAUGCGUCUCCCAUACGUGCCCGAUGCCCCACCAACCAGCACUCCCGAGGAGGCAGAUAUCCUGGCUCGAGUGCAAGCCCGACGUGGCCCUCGCGGCCUCAUCCCACUUGAUCGCGCGCUCCUGCACUCCUUUCCCGUCGCGGAUGGAUGGAACUCGUUCAUCGGAGCCAUCCGCACUCGAACGAGCCUCUCCCAAGUCAUCCGCGAGCUCAUCAUUUGCCGCGUGGCCGUCCUCAACGGGGCACAGUUUGAAUGGGAACACCACGCGCCGCUGCUGCAGGAGGGUGGAUUCAGCGAGGAUGCGAUCAGAGUAGUCCGCGAUCCUCUAGCAGAUCUCACCCUGAAAGUCCAGGACAAAGUCAUCAGCGAGGCCGAGAGCGCCGUCAUCAAGUACACCGAUGCCAUGACGAAAACGGUCACCGUGCCCGAAGAGGUGUUUUCAGAACUGAAGGGGCUCUUUAACGAUCAAGAGGUGGUGGAAAUCACCGCCACUGCGGCGGCGUACAAUUGCGUGAGUCGGUUUUUGGUGGCUCUAGAUGUUGGAGAGAAAAACCAAUAGACCGUAAUGCUAUAUCUUCUGUUGAUCAUUGGCUCCAGCCAGGCCAUAGAUCGGGAACUCAAAUCCCUGGGAUCCAACUGCCACGGCCCAUGAUGGAGCAUAUCCAAGACCCACCACGUUAGUACACAGCGGGUACCAUUUCAGAGGGUCACGUUGCGGAUGAAGAUAUUGUGUCUGUAGAUAGAAAAGUCCAUGCGGCCUUAUCUUUGCGCCCAGGGAUUUCU